AUGCAUCUCGACCACAAGAUCCCAUGGCACCUGAUUGCUCCCCAUUUCUCCCUUACGCCAGCUGAACAAGAAGGCAACUAUAGCCUAACUGCGCUAGGUUUGCCUGAGCAGCAAGCGGUUAUCGGCCACUUCAAUCGCGUGUUCCUGACAACUAUCAGGGAAUUCUCUGAUACCGAGAGCAUGAAGAUUCAUUCAGCACCAGUAAAUGGAAAACUCUUUUCCGACGAUGUGCUCUACUUCGCUGAGCGCCACUUUGGUCUCGAGCCUCAUGAGGAUAACUCAGCAUUGCACAACCCGCUCAAGGCGUCGCAUCAAGAUCUCGAAUAUUGGAAACGCCGAGCUAAGGAUCCAGAUAGCGACUAUGAGCUAUGCUAUACCACUGCUGAUGCCAACCUGGCCGAUGCAGCGAAGAUGUUAGUCAUUGUAGCUGCUACCGCCGAUGACAAACCCAUUCGCCGUGAGGCGUUAACUGCGCUUGUUCGUCUUGCCAACGAGGUCCCUUUAUCAAACCUACGUGGUCUUCACUGGGGCCAUGCCUUCGGACUCGAUCUCGUCGCGAGCGUGGCGUUGCAAAUGUACAUCUACCUGAACCUCAUUGAAGCUGUUGAGUCUCGGGCAGCAGAACGGGUGCCGUUGCUAUCUGUUGACAAUUUUCUGUCUUUUCUAUGUAACCACGCCCUUGAGAACUAUGACUUCCCGGCACAGAAUAUUCCGCAUCGACAUUUUUGGUUUUCUCUUGGGGUUAAUGAGUCGUGGGCUGCGGGUCGGCGAAAGGGUACGCUUGAAGGGGACAUGGUAGCAAUUGAUCCGCUGGCAGACGGAGCAGAUGAAGUCCAAAAACAGCCGAGAGACCGUUUGAGGAAAUACUUGAAGGACUGUUUUGCGAUUUUGUAUGUGUAUGAUGUGGUUUUGAGAAAUGCGGUAGGGACGGAGAGGGCGGAUGAGCAUUGGCAGUCCGAGCUGAAUUGGGUAUUUGAGUGGCUAUGA